AACAAAGACCAAGGUUUCAUUGCUUGUGGAGGAGAUGAUGGGCUUCUCAGAGUCGUCAAGUUAGACAGUCAAACAGAUGAUGCCAGGCUCAAAGGUCUUGCUGCACCCAGUAAUCUGUCCAUGAACCAAGGUUUAGAUGGGCACAGUGGUGCUGUACAAGUGGUUACAUGGAAUGAACAAUAUGAGAAACUGACCACCAGUGACCAGAAUGGCCUCAUCAUUGUGUGGAUGCUAUAUAAAGGUGCUUGGUAUGAAGAGAUGAUCAACAACAGGAACAAAUCAGUGGUAAGGAGUAUGAGCUGGAAUGCAGAUGGUCAAAAGAUUUGUAUUGUGUAUGAAGAUGGAGCAGUGAUAGUGGGAUCUGUUGAUGGUAACCGCAUUUGGGGAAAGGAAUUAAAGGGAAAUCAACUUGCUCAUGUAGCUUGGUCCCCUGACAGCAAGAUUCUUUUGUUUGGCAUGGCCAACGGAGAAGUACAAAUCUAUGACAAUCAAGGAAACUUCAUUAUGAAAAUGACAAUUUCUUGUCUGACAAAUACAACUGGGGCUGUGAGUAUAGCAGGAAUCCACUGGUAUGCAGGGACAGGAGGUUACAUUGAGCCUGAGUGUCCCUGCUUGGCGAUCUGUUUUGACAAUGGAAAAUGUCAGAUUAUGCGCUAUGAGAAUGAUGAAAAUCCAGUGUUCAUUGACACUAUGAUGAAUGUGGUCAGUAUCCAGUGGAACCAUUGUGGCAGUGUCCUGGCUGUUGCAGGAUGCCUCAGAACAGCAAAUAUGGAUAAAGAAUUGAAUGUGGUUCAGUUUUAUACACCAUUUGGUGCGCAUCUUCGGACACUGAAGGUCCCUGGGAAACAGAUGACAGGAGUUGCCUGGGAAGGGGGAGGACUGCGUAUUGCCUUGGCUGUGGACUCCUACAUUUAUUUUGCAAACAUACGACCAGAUUAUAAAUGGGGCUAUUGUAGCAGCACAGUAGUGUAUGCCUACACAAAACCAGAAAGGCAAGAGUACUGUGUGGUGUUCUGGGACACAAAAAACAAUGAGAAGUUUGUCAAAUAUGUCAAGAGCCUUAUGUCAAUUACCACAUCUGGAGACUUCUGUAUUCUGGCCAGUAAAACUGAUGACAGCCAACCUCAGGAGGAUGCUGAAGCCGAACCAGGGAAUUAUUCAAGGUUUGUCUUGAUUCUUUACAACUCCAUUGGAACACCAUUAGACUCAAAAUACAUUGACAUAGAUCCACUUUACGUGACAAUGACCAAGACCCAUGUGAUUGCUGCAUCCAAAGAGGCCUUCUACUUGUGGCAGUACAGAGUGGCAAAGAAAUUAACUGCACUGGAAAUCAACCAAGUCACCAGGACAAAGAAGGAGGGGCGCGAGAGAGUUUAUCACAUUGAUAGUAAUCCAUCUACAACUUCUGAUGGUGGUCCAGAUUUUACAAAAGCAUUUUCAUCAACGCAAGAUCCCAUUUGUGCUAUUACAGCCUCAGAUAAGACACUGAUAAUUGGUCGUGAAUCUGGAGUUGUCCACCGAUACAAUCUACCACAAGUUGGUCUAGUGCAGAAAUACACUUUGAAUAACAGAGCUUACUAUCUCUCUAUGAACUGUAAUUCGAGUCGCUUGGCCAUUAUCGACAUCGCUGGUGUGUUGUCUUUACUUGACCUGGAUGCACGAAAUGUGAGGGAGGAUGUGCGUGACUCUGGUGCAGUUGGAGAUCCUUCCAAAUUUGAGCGAAAGGAUGUGUGGGAUAUGAAGUGGGCCAAAGACAACCCUGAUCUUUUCGCCAUGAUGGAGAAGACCAGAAUGUACGUCUUCAGAAAUCUAGAUCCAGAGGAACCUAUCCAAACAUCUGGGUACAUCUGCAACUUUGAGGACCUUGAGAUCAAGUCCGUGCUGCUUGAUGAAAUCAUGAAGGAUCCAGAGAGGCCCAACAAAGAUAACCUGAUUAACUUCGAAAUCAGAUCUUUGAGAGACAGCCGUGCUCUUAUUGAAAAAGUCGGCAUUGAAGAUGCUUCACAAUUUAUUGAGGACAAUCCUCACCCAAGACUUUGGCGUCUACUUGCUGAGGCAGCCCUUCAGAAACUGGAUUUGAAGAUGGCGGAGCAGGCCUUUGUUCGCUGUAAAGACUACCAGGGCAUUGAGUUUGUGAAGCGCCUCAGGAACCUGAAGAGUGAGCCCAUGAAGCAGGCAGAGGUGGCCGCAUACUUCAGCCGCUUUGAGGAGGCUGAGCGCAUGUACCUGGACAUGGACCGCAGGGAUCUGGCCAUCAGUCUCAGGAUCAAACUGGGAGAUUGGUUCAGAGUUCUUCAGCUGCUCAAAAGUGGCUCAGGAGACAGUGAUGAUGCUCUACUGGAACAGGCUUACAAUGCAAUAGGAGACUACUUUGCUGACAGACAAAAAUGGGUGAAUGCAGUCCAGUACUACCUCCAGGGCCGUAACCAGGAGCGGCUGGCAGAGUGCUAUUACAUGCUUGAGGAUUAUGAUGGUCUUGAGCGGCUAAGCAAUCAGCUACCAGAUAACCACAAACUUUUGCCUGACAUUGGGCAGAUGUUUGCUACCGUGGGAAUGUGUGAACAGGCCGUCAAUGCAUAUCUGAAGUGCAACCAGCCCAAAGCUGCUGUGGACACCUGUGUGCAUCUGAACCAGUGGAAUAAGGCGGUGGACCUUGCUCGAAGCCACAACAUGAAAGAAAUCAAAUCUCUUCUUUCCAAAUACACGUCACACCUUCUGGAGAAGAAUAAAACUCUAGAAGCAGUAGAGCUAUAUCGAAAAGCCCACCAUUUUCUUGAAGCGGCAAAGCUCAUGUUUAAAAUUGCAGAUGAGGAGGCCAAGAAAAGGGCUCACCCUUUGAGGGUGAAAAAACUUUAUGUAUUAGCGGCUCGUCUUGUUGAAGAUUACCAUGAACAAGUGAAGACGACACAGCAUGGAAAGGGCAAGAAGUCUGAGGCCACAUUUGCCCUUGCUGGGCUGUUGGAUGAAGAUGCGUCCACUUUGGAUAACCGCAUUGUGGACAAUGCUUGGCGCGGAGCAGAGGCAUACCAUUUUUUCCUGCUUGCACAAAGACAGCUUUAUGAUGGCUACACGGAAAGCGCAAUGCGGACAGCACUGCACCUCCGUGAAUACGAGGACAUCAUCCCCGCUGUAGAGAUCUACUCCCUCCUGGCGAUCUGUGCCUCUGCAAACCGAGCAUUUGGCACCUGCUCCCAGGCCUUCAUCAAACUAGAGUCUUUGGAGAGUCUGAGUGCUGAGCAGAGACAGGCCUAUGAGGACCUGGCUCUGGAGAUCUUCACCAAACAUACCCCCAAAGACAACCGGCCCCUCGACAUGGAGUACAUGGACAACCUUUUAGAGGGAGGUGAGGGCCGGAUACCCACCUGUAUUGUGACAGGUCUCCCCAUCCAGCAUUCUCAGUGGAUGUGCAGUGUUUGUAAACACUCUGCUUUAGACCAAGAGAUAAGUAAAUAUACCUGCUGCCCGCUGUGCCACACCCUAAACACACAGAUUUGAAUUCUAAACACAUUAGUUAUAGCACAACUCAGAUAAUUUAACAAAAAUAAAAAGACCAUUAACUUUUUUUUGUAAACAUAACACUCAUUAACUUAUUAUCAUUAGUUAUUUCUGUGUCUUUAUUUUCUUAACAUGUUUUGUAUUGUUGCUAUAUCAUUGUAUUGUAAUGAAUAAAGAUCUCUUUGUACUCCUCUGAAA